AUGGGCGCACAACACUCAUUCCACGUUAUCACACGAAGGUUGUCAAUACACAAAAAACGCAACAGCAAAGUAGUGAGCCGGAGAGAACCACAGACGUGUCUCCAAAGUCUUCCGAAAGAGCAAACAGUAGACUACGCCCAAGACGAGUUCAACAGAUAUCAAACAAACAACACGAUUUCAAUGAAUGGGAUAGUCUCAUUAAUGAGUGACUUGCAUAUUGAUGAUAUCAGCUCUUUACAAGCUCUUUGGGUUGCGUGGAAAUUCAACGCGAAAAAUAACAUUAUAACCCUCAACAACUUUAAAAAGUGUUUUGAUGAAUUUCAUAUGAAAAAAGUGACUGAACUAGUUAAGUAUAUCCCACAGAACCCACUUGAUGAUAGAGUCCAAGCAAAACGGCUCUUUAUCUUUUCAUUUGAUUGUAAUAUAGAAUACGGUCAGAAAAGAAUAGGUAAAGAUGAUUGUAUAGAAAUUCUUGACCAAUUCUUUGGAAGACAAAACGCACAACUCAACCGUUUUAUUCGAUUUUUAAAACAAGAAUCGGUAAGACCACUCUCUCGUGACGAGUGGCAAAAUUUGUUUGAUUUAAUAGAAACAGUUCAAUUGGACUUUUUAAAUUAUUCGACGGGAGAUGAUUCGUGUUGGCCUUUAAUCUUUGAGAGUUAUUAUAACUAUUGUAUGGAUAAUAAAAACUAUUAUUAA